AAUCAGUUCAGACAUUAAAGUUUCUUUAUUUAUCACCUUUUCUUUCUCUCCCUUUAAAUUGAUACCAAAGCAGAGAUUCAUUUCUUUCCAAUCUUGCUCAGUUUAAGCUUAAAGGUUUCAUCUUUAGAUUUCUUGCUUUCCUUUUGAGGCACCAAUCCUUCCCCACAAAUCUCUCUCUCUCUCUCUCUCUCUAAUCUCUGUGUAAUCUCUCUCUCUCUCUCUCCCUCCCUCCCCACAUAUGAAUAUUAUGUACAACUUUUGAUUGCUUUUGAAGUGGGCUUACUGUUUUUUGAUUGCUUCUGUUGAAUAUAGUUUGCAAAUGAUUAGUGUCUGUAGGAGUGAUCAUUGGAGUGUGAUGAUACAAACAUGAUGGCUGGUAGCAAAAUUGAAGACCCUUUUCAACUUAGUUUCAAGGCAGAUUCAUGGCACUCUGGCUCAAUCUCAUUUGGAAGGUUUGAAACUGAGUCAUUGUCCUGGGAAAGGAAGUCUUCUUUCUCACAUAACAGAUAUCUUGAAGAGGUCGAGAAAUACUCAAAGCCAGGUUCUGUCUCUGAGAAGAAGGCUUAUUUUGAGGCUCAUUACAGAAAAAAAGCCCUCUUGAGACAGAGGUUGUCAGAGAGCCAAAAUGGAUCAGAAUACCAGGAUGUUGAGAUUGAAGGCUCAGAGAACAUGGAUCAUGGAGAGGAUUUUGACAAUUCUGAUGCAGAAAUCCAACAAUUUACACACUCUGAGGAGAGUCCUGACGGUUGGGAAUAUGGCGGGGAAUGUGCAGUAAGCAGUCAUGAAGGAGAGGGUAAGGGAGUCUUAUAUUCUGAAAAUGAGAUUCUAAUUGCUAUGAGCAGCGGUGAUGCUGUGAACAUCACUAGGGAAUCUGUUAAGACUGGUCAUGAGAACCUUAUACAAGUGAGUCAAACUGAAGUUGAAAUUUCACCACAUAUCAAUGAUGAAUCAUCCGUUAAACAGGAUCCAGAGGAUGAAAUGUUACAGGUUUGUUUGACAUCUACAGCUGUUGGCUCAUCCUUAAGUAGUCAAACAGACAAGAGAGAUGAUAAUAUAAGCUCCAAACAAGUUUCAUCUUCCAAGGGAACGACUGCAGUAGAAACUAAACUUGCAAGGCGAGGACUGAAGCAUCAUGCUCAGCAGGGUAUCAUUUCUGGUGGAGCACCUAAGAGAACUGAAAAGAAACUCAGUAGAAGUGAAAAAGGAGGUCCUCCUAUACUGAAAACGGAAAAGAAGUCAUUACAAACUGCUGUUCCAUCAAAAUGUUUGAUACGAAAAUUUCCAAAAUCAGAGCAUUUAUGUAGGUCAAAAGCUAAAACAAAUCUUGAGAACGGAAGCGAAAAAGAAGCUAGAACAACUAAAGUAGCUGGAUCUCAGUCAUCUGGAUCUGAGCAGGCUGUUCGUAGCGGACAUCAAAUGGAAUAUAGGUCGAAUCAGAGUUUAAGUUCAAGGAAGGAAGGUGUGAAACAGUUCUCUUCAGGCUUUAAUUUUAAAAGCGAUCAACGAGCUGACAAGAGAAAGGAGUAUUUCAAUAAAUUGGAGGAGCAGAUGCAUGCAAAAGAAGCUGAGAUAAAUCAAAUACAAGCAAGGACACAGGAAAAGACGGAUGCUGAGAUUAAACAGUUAAGAAAAAGUCUUAAUUUCAGAGCAACACCAAUGCCUUCAUUUUAUCAUGGAGCAGUAUCUGAUACUGAUAGAAAUAAGGCUAAACCAAGUAAAGUCCAGAGCAAGUCUUUUUCAAAGAGGAGGCCUGGUUCUACAAAAAGCAAGCCUGAAAAAGGCCAAUGUCGCGAGCCUGUAAUUAUCAAAGAACUGCCAGAGGUGACAAUGUUGACAAACUCUCAUAAAAACUCCGCGGCUUCAUCAAGAGAAAGAAACCAUCCUUCAGAAGCUGGAGGAAAUAGUGAAGCUAAUCCGAAGAUUGUCCAACCUCAAAAACUUAAAUCAACAGUUGGAAGAAAGGUAGUAAAGGAACAAGUGGUUGAGAGUAAGCAGAAAGUAGGAUACAGGAGGAGUAGCAACCAGAUGAUGAGGAAGAAUGUGAAAGGUGUUGACAUGGGAAGCGAUUCCAAGAUGGGGCAUCGAGCUGUUGGCAUUGCCUCCUAAUACUCUCUCCGUCCCAGCUGGUUCAGCUCCAUUACGCGGACAAGGGGGGGAGAUAAAUCAGAUGGUACAAUGGUAGGCUUGAAACCUUACCACAUAUGCUUGGACUAUAUAUUGCAUUGUGAUCAACAAUUCAGUACAGAGCAAGACACAGUUGUAGACAACACUGCAAGAUGAAGAUGGUCUUCUUGAUUCUAAAAUGAUACUCAAGUUCAAUAAAAGAAUAGGUAUGUAUGUAUGGCAUGAGGUCGAUGAGUUUAAACUGGCGAAUGUAAAUGAGUGUAUUUAUCUUUUCAAUC